CAUGCUUUCAAUUGCUUACUUACCAGGACAUUUCUCACAGACUUUUACUUUGAAACGGUAACGGAAGUUGAUAUCGUCUUUGAGGCUAGUGCAAAGGCGGAUCCCCUGUCUCAUCUCUUUGAAACUUUUCUUUUCAGCAUUUUGAACGUUUGUUCAUUCGCUUGUGGCAAAUUACAACAAUUCCUUGGGUACAAGAGUUUUUAGCGUUAGAGUUUCUCUGCUCCUGGUUAACAAGGGCAAAAUAAAAAGUGACUUUUUGGUACAGUAAGCAAAUCUUUAGACUAAUAGCUACAAGUUAGCUCGCGGGCUAACGUUAAGUGGACAGCUGCAUUUUUCCAAAAGCAAAGGAAACCGAGACAUUACGAGAAUGGGGGAUAAGGAGCUGAUGUGGGCCUUGAAAAAUGGAGACUUGGAUGAAGUCAAAAAUCUGUUGGUGAAGGACGAGGAUGUAAACCGGACUCUGGAGGGCGGGAGAAAGCCUCUGCACUACGCCACCGACUGUGGCCACGCAGAUGUGGUCGAGUUUCUCCUCUCCAGGGGAGCCGACGUCAACGCUGCAGACAAGCAUGGCAUCACUCCUUUGCUCUCUGCCACUUAUGAGGGUCAUCUCUCUUGUGUCAAAAUCCUUCUGGAAAAGGGAGCUGACAAGGAGCGGAAAGGGCCAGAUGGUCUCAGUGCCUUUGAAGCGGCCGAGAGCGAAGCAAUCAAGGCUCUCCUCAAGUGAGGCGAGUCUGGACGGAAAGAUGGACAGAGAACCGGAUGGACUGACGUGGCGGUUCCCCGGGACAGACGAGACGGACUGACGCCUCUUCCCCAUCCAUCCCUGCAAAAAAAAACAAUCCUCGUCAUAGCACCGCUCAUCUGUGUGAUAGUUGUGUUUGGUUUUCAUGACUCAUAUUUUUUUUUUGAUAGGAUAAUUAUUAUUUUUGGCGGAAGGGCGGGGUGAAUUUUCCUUUUCCCAACUCUUAAAAUUAGUUAUCCAGUGGACGGACAAAAAGUUUUUAAAAUCAUGCCUCGCUUUAGGACCAAUAACUGAGCAAACCUCCCAAUUUCUCCGGAGUCCGCCUUAAGUCCUAAACCCUAGAUCGCACCACUGAAAUAACAGACUUUUAUUGUUAGUGUAAAACAAUUAAGUGAAAGUAGCACUUAAUGACGCCAUUCAUACCUAUGAGAAACACCUUCCUAAAUCUGGGCGUGAAAAACUGUACAUAUAUAUUUUCUACGCAAAAAGUACUGUAGGGCCACACAGUAACUGAUAUGAUUGUAGGCGUAAAAAUAGUCAUUAAAAAGAAUGGGUUGAAAUCUAAAAAAAAGAAAGGAAAAAAAAGACGGUUGUAAAAUAGGACUGCUUUCAAGCACUGAUGCAGCUGCCCCUCUCCAUCUGGCUAUGCUGGAUUGCCCUUACCUGAUAUUAGCCUCUCUAAACUAGGAUAUUCUUACCUUAUGAGUUGUGGGGAGGUUGGCUGGGAUCAAUGCUGUUGACUACAUACCAACAACAUACCCCAUACACUCCUAUUUAAACACAUAUCACACUAAGACCAAGACACACAGGUAACAUUCAAAUAAUUUUCAACUAUUGACCAAUUUACAACCACUUGCCGUCGAAAACGUUGGUUUGUAAUUAACACUUGCAAUUGAACAAAAAGGUGCAAAAAAAAAUAAAAAAUAUCUGUGAAAAUCUAUGUUCAUCUCACCUACACCUUUCACAGUAGCUCUUUUGGACAGAGUAGCAGUUAUAAGUUGCAAGUGUUAUUUUGUUUUUGUUUUCUUUUGCUUUUCCUUAAUACCUUGUUACUGCAAUCAUGAUGUAUAGUAGUUGAGAUUGAUGGGCACAUUACUUAAUGGGUUUUUGCCAUGGGUUUGAUUCCUCACACUCAGAGUUUGAUUAAGUCUCCUGCUGGCUUUACUGCAUGCCAGUACUGCUUCUGCUACGAAGCUCUUACAAAAGAAAAAAAUAUCAACAAAAACGAAAAAAGGACAACAGUGGCUGCUUUCAUGCUUUCAGUUGCUUUCGGAUAGUGAUUAUGUAUUGGAACACUUUAUAACUGGCAUCAUUGUGAGAAGAUGUGGAAUAAAGAAUUGAAAUAAACGACAAAAGGAAUACAAAAA